AUGGAGCCUUUGUUACUUCAGGAGCAGGGCGGCUCCCCCUUUUCCGCUGCAGCUGGGCCUGGGGACAAGGACAGCCCCAGCCCCUGCUCAGAGCUCCUAGACGAGAGCCAGAGUGACCUAGUCAUCCUCCACUUCAACGACGUGUAUGAGGUGGAGUCCAGGCAGAAGGAGACGGUAGGAGGCGCUGCCAGAUUUGCUGCAGCUAUAAAAAAGUUCAGUUCCCUGAAUCCACUUAAAAUAUUUAGUGGAGACUGUUUAAAUCCAUCAGGUUUAAAUUCAAUAACAAAAGGAAAACAUAUGAUUCCUAUAUUAAAUGCAGUGGGAGUACACUUCGCAGUCUUUGGAAAUGAUGAAUUUGAUUUUGGUGUUGAUGUUCUGGAAGAUUAUAUACAACAAAUGAAAUUUCCAUGGUUCCUCAGCAAUGUAUAUGACAGAUUUACCUCUAAACCACUAGGCCAUGGCUCAGUAAAAAAAGUAGUUAAAUGGAAUAAUACGAAAAUUGGUUUAAUGGGAUUAGUAGAAGAAGACUGGCUGGAUACCUUGCCUACCAUUAACAAAUCAAACCUAAACUACAUAGAUUAUGUCAAAGUAGGUAAUAAAAUAUCUGCAGAACUUAAAGCAGAGGGAGCAGGACUUAUAAUUGCUAUGACACACAUGAAAUGGAUUAAUGACAUCAGACUUGCCCAGAACACGCAAGGAAUAGAUCUGGUUCUGGGCGGCCAUGACCAUGAUUAUGGAAUCAAAAAGGUGACUGGAACUUGGAUUGUCAAAAGUGGGUCUGAUUUCAGGAAUUUCUCAAAAAUAAAUAUAAGAAAGUUUGGUGCAUCAUUUCAGUAUACAUUUCAAAGGAUUGACAUUUUGAGGAACCUAGAAGAAGAUUCUUUUAUAAAAUCAGUGGUGGAUGAUUGUACUCAAAACCUGCAGCCUCUUUUAGAGGAAGUUCUUUGUCCCAUCGACACAGAAUUAGACGGUCGUGUUUCUACUGGAAAGGAUGGCUAUGUAAUGUUUCAAAAUUGUCCUAGGAUGUAUGAUACAGAAACUGCACAGCUACUUUCUACAGUUGUUGUUAAUCACUUUGAAUCUAUCAAGAUUGUGCAUGGCAUCAAAAAGUGCAUCUCCGGUCACCGAAUGAGUUUAAUUACCAAGUCCAAAUCAGCAUCACUAACAGCAAUAACAUCAAUGCUAAGGACUAAAUUACAGCUGCUUGAACAGGGACGUGUUGGAGGCAAUGAAGAUGCAGGAGGCCUUUCCUCAUUCCAAUGUACUCAUGCAAGGGGCAAACGUGUAAGCAUUAGGAGUGCAAGUUGUGGGAAGGAGUUUAGUACUGCUGGUGGCUCUGGGGAAGGAGUGGUAUUUGGUUUAGAAAAGGCCACCGUUCCCAUCAAGUAG